GUAGGAUUAUCUGAAAACCUAAGGUGCAAAUAUUAGUAGGAUUAUUAGAUGCGUGAUCUUUUCUUCAGGUUGCUCAGAGAUCCGUUGCCUUGGUUCUGGCUCUUAAUGCAGGGUGACUCAGGCAGGAGACAUAGAUGUUCUCGUUAAAAGGAGAGGCUGGCGCUCCUAUUCCCGCGACAUCAUCAUCCCACACUAGUGGAGCUCCACGAUGUGCGGUGUGAUGCUCAGUCUUGCACAGUAGCAGCUACAGGAGGCGUGCUCGUCUCUGCCACAGGAGCACAAGAGGAGCGGAGCAGCGGCCAGCAGGCUGUUACCGGGCGCUGGACACAUCGUGAAAGAGAGCGUUUUGGGGGGGUGCUCUGCCCCCCGCCUCCCAACCUCCUGAGCGAUGGCAUCUAUGGAUCGAUCAACGGGAGCGCGCUGAGGCUCAGAGAUGCAGUCUCUGUUUGGCAGUGGGGAGCUGGGGCUGCUGGGAGGAGGCGGCGACGCAGGCGGCCUGAAGGAGGAUGGCUGUGGCAGCGCGGUGUGGCGCUCCUCAACUCUGCCCUGUGACGAUGUCUAUUCAGCCUCCCACUUUGCCCUUAUCACCGCCUAUCAGGACAUCAAGACGAGGCUGGCCUGCCUGGAGCGAGAGAACACCAGUAUCAAGAGGAAGCUGAAGAUCUAUGAGAUCAAGUUCCCUAUGAUCAGUGAGUUUGGGGAGGACGCCAACUCCUACUGCUCUUUUGAGAGCAAGGAAACGGCACUGCUGCACUCAGAAAACGGCAACCUGCAGCAGAGAGUCAACGUCCUGACCCACGAGCUCCAGAAGAGAAAGGAGAGAGAGGAGCAGCUGGAGGAUGUGAUCCAGGCUUAUGAGAAGAUUCACAUGGAGAAGAGCAACCUCCAGAGGGACCUCGACAAGAUGACCAGCCUGGUGGAGAAGCAUGUCGAGCGUAUCCUGAACCUGGAGUCAGCUCUGAGGCAGAGAGACAACUCUCUGCAGAAACUCAACAUGCAGCUGCACAGCAAAGACGUGCAGUACCUGCAGCUCCAUGCCAGCCCAUUCACACACAUGCUGGACUGUCCAGCCUUGACCCUUCAGAGCUCCCGCAGCCUGGACGCCCUGUCCGACCUGAAGCUCCAGCGUCUGGAGGCGGAGCUAGAGGGGGCGCGGCACGAGGCCCAGGGGGCGUGUCAGCGAGAGGAAGAACUGAAGGCGGAGUGCGAGAGACUGAAGGAGGAGAUGAGGCAGCUGCAGAACAGCCAGAGGGAAAUGACUUCUCCAUGCAAGCAGUGUGAUGUGGAGUGGAUAAAGAAGGUGGGAGAUGAGCAGGUGAAUUUAGCUCUGGCCUACACAGAGUUAACAGAGGAGCUGGGGCGCCUCCAAGCACUGAGCUCCAAGCAGACAGAGAUCCUGAGGAAAGCCUCACAGGAGCAGGCUAGUCCAGGUCAGCGUCACUCUCCCAUUCAGCACCAGCGCCACUCUCCAGUAUCUCCGCGUCACUCGCCCAUUUCACAGCGGCAUUCUCCUGUCCCGCCUCCUCCACAUCAUUCCCCAAUCCAGCAGAGACGCUCCCCAGUGCUGCAGCGCCUCUCCCCAGACAUGCACCGUCGCUCACCCUUGCUGGAUGUCAACAACGGACCAGCCUCUUACUCCUGCAGGCCCCCCACCCAGCACCUGAGGGCCAGCUUCCAGGGCCGUCGCAGUUACUCUGAGGUUGCUGACCCCUCGGCUUACCAGUGCCCACCCCGCUUCUCACUGGACCCUGUUUCCACUCUGCCAAAGCCCCGGCCUUAUGUCGACACCUACCCAAAACAGCAGCCCCAACAUGUGGGCUCUCCUCACGGUGGACUGCAGCACAGAGGCUCGGCAUCUCCCCAUCAAGCUGGUGCGGGGGGAGACGGAGGCCUCGGGGAGAGCUCAAUGCGCCACUCACGAGAGAUGCCAUUCCCACUGUCUGAGGUGGCCCACCUUCAUUUCGAGCCCCCUCCUCCUUCUACACCGGCACCCCAGCCCCCACAGUCUUCUGAAGAUGAGGAGGAGUGGACCUGCCCGCAUCCCAUCAGCCCACCGCGGACGCUGGGCAUGCUUUCUGCUGCAGUGCCCAGCAGUGGCAUGAGAGGCCCGGCGUCCUGCUCGGCCUUUCCCAUCCCUCAGAGGCCUAAUACCCUCAGCUGCCACCCACACCCAGGGUACAUGUCAGCAGAGCAUGCUCAGUCCUGGCCGUCAAUCAAUCUCUGGAUGGAGACAGAGGAGAGCGACAUGCGGAGCUGCCCUCUCUGCCAGCUGAUAUUCCCUAGUGGCUAUCCUGAUGAUGCCCUCAUCAAGCACAUUGAUUCCCACCUGGAGAACAGCAAGAUCUGAUUGCCAUGGCAGCCAGCCCACGCACACACAUCUGUGCUUUCUUCUUAUAGAUUAUGUAAGAGACCAGCAGACCAGGCCAAAUGGAAAGUCAGACUUGGGUAUCACAUGCCAUCUGUAUAGAACAGGUAGGGGUGUGAAACGGCUCAGGAGCCUGUUUGAUUUCUACUUAAACACGGGUGCAUCUUGGAUUUAGUCCACAUGUGGAGUCCUUUACUGAUUGUUCUUGAGACAGCUCUGCCUGUGUAAUCAUUGGCUCUGGUUGUUGCCGCUUUGUGUGGUUUCAGACAGUUUCAGGUGCUGUGUUGUUUCUCACUUCACAGUGUAGUAUAUUGAUUUAACAAAGUAAGCCGAUGACGAGGUACAAGGAGCGGGCCAGCGGCUUCGGGGACUCUGCAUGUCAAAAUGUUAGUUUCAGUGUUCAGCAGUGAAUGAUCUGAGGCAUCUGUUUCGACUAUUUUCAUCACUUAGCUUUAAGUUGUGUGCACCUGCUUGAAAAAUUUUACACACAUACAGUACCACAGUACAUUUUGUAGCCAUGUGCAGUAAGUGCCAAGGACAGUCAUCUGAUUAAAAGAAAAAGGCUUAUUGAAAUGACCUGAGACAUACAGAUGGGACAGUGGUUAUGGAUACAAGUGAAGACUUAAAGAUUUGGAAGCUUCUGAUUUAUUGAGAGGUUAAGACUGAAGGAAUUAUGACUGCUUCACAUUUAUAAAACAAUGAAGUACGUUUCCUUGGCAUUUAAGGAAGUGUUAAAUAUUUCCGUCUCACAUUUCAACUGACAAGCCGGAGAAUAUGAAUGUGAAAGUAUGCUUGGAUCACCCUGGCAGAGUUCUGAUGAUGCCCUGCAGGGCGGGGCACUGAUGUCAAAUGGAGGAAACAUGUUUGUCAGAAUUUACCUUUAUGCUUGCAACCGGUUAACAAAUAAUCUAAGUAACUUAGCACUUUAUGUUUGCAUAGCCUUGACCAUGUUUUCAGUCCCCAUGUAUUUUCCAUGUAUAAUUUACUAUUUAUACCGUCUGUUAGGCAAAAAAAUUUGAAGAUAUAUUUUUGCAAAUGUUACUGCACCACGUGUCUCCCAUGAGCUUGCACACUGUUGUAUGUAUAAAUGUAGAGGAGCUGAAGGUCAAACUCCCAGUGCAAGAAACACUUUUCUGUACAGAGACUUGAAAUGAUCAGCUGGGAUUCUUCUCGGUCUUCCUAAAGACCUGACUUUCAAAACGGUUUGAUGUCACGACUGCCCAACAAAAAACAGGACACACACACUGCGGGCUGCAUGAGAUCAACACUUCUGAUCUGCUUUUAGGAAAACGUCCUGUGUUUGUAUCUGGCAGAUCCGAUACCAGAAUUAUCUCCAAUCAGCAACAUUAUCUCUGCAGGGUCCAAGCAAAGACAAUGCUCUUCUUUUGAUACAAGGAUUUCAUUUUUAUCACAAGUGAAAUUUUGUCGAAAUCUGCUUGUUAACCUUGAACUUCUUUUUGAGAAAAAUAUACAAAUUUACAUUGAUGUCAGCUAAUCUGAGGCUUUCAGUUUCUAACACAGGGGGUGUCCCCACACAUCCACCAUGCUUUUAAACGAGAUGAACUGCAGUAGACUAGAGCACACAGGGCAGAGAUUGUGGCAUCAACUUCUACCCCACUGACGUACUCCUGAGCAACACCCUGAAUCCCUACAUGCUCUGGCGGUUUUGCUCCAGGCUUUAACCUUCUCACAAAGGGUUAAAGAGAAUUUCUAAACAAACUGGUUUAUUACCACCUUUAGUAGGUCUGUACACAGAUUUGAUUGGUUAUGACAAUAUUGUACAUCUGAGAACACUGCGACAUUGCUAAAAAAAAGUCAGAGGCACCACUUCACACAGCGGGGGUCACAUACAGUAUUUAAAUUAAUGUACGGGUGAGAUGCCUCCAGAUUUGCUGCUUGAGCUCAUUGUACUUUUGCAGUGCAGCAAAUUAUCGCUGCCAGUCAGACACCAGGCUGAGGUUACGAUCACCAGCUGGACAUUUAAGCCAACAGGGUCGGCAUCGAGUUGAAGUUAGCGUAAAGUUAGACACUGAACAAAUGAGCCAUUGUGGCUUUGUGUUGUUUUGCUGUUGGUGUCCAAGAGUUCACAGAUUUCAGGCGGCAUUUACACCUCCACUGAGCAGCUUCCUGGGGGAAACCCUGACAACUAUUCAGAAUUUUACAAGAAUAACGAUGAAGUUCAAAGAAAAAUAAACAUAACGAUAUGUAGCAGAUUUAAAAAAAAAAAUAAAAUAAAAAUCCUACCCCAUUAGUCAUGUACACGACCAGUCGUGUCUUGAUUUGGGGUAAAAAUGGUUUGUCUACAAUCUGGGAGCUCAUGUUUCUUGUGCCAUCAGACUUGUUUUAGCAGUGUCACAAUGUUCACAAUGUUAUUGUAACCAAUAAAACCAAACUGAAAUAGACUGAACUACAUCCUGAGGUGUACAAUAAAAAGUUCCAAGGCAGUACGGAGAUACUUGAUAAAUCAAAGAGGGCUUUAAUGACUCCCAGUUAUUCUAUACUGUCUGUAUGUUCCUGUAUCACUCUGUGUAAAGUAUUUAAAGCCGUGUACAGACUGAUCUUUUACAAGUGUUUAGGACUGAUGCAACAUGUACUCUAUUGUUCAACAACUUCAAAUUGGAGUAUCUGUAAAUGAGUAUAUAUAAUCCUAGUCAGCACCACACUACAUAUGAUUUAUACGUGAGGUAUACAGAAGUGCUCCCCUACACCUUUCGUUUGUUAGUCACUACACCACUAGUCAACUAAUCUUCAGCUAGUCAUUUUGAAGCUGUGGGAUGUGUGACAGUGAACACUUUCAGGUUUUGUCACAUAUGACAUCAGACGACCACAGGCAUGCAAAGUUUAAAGAAAACCAAAAAUGAAUGUUUGCCUGAAGGUUUCAACCAUCACAGAGAAAUCAUUUAUUUCUGGUUUGAUUUCUCCUGCACCAAAGACAAAAAGCAGCACAACCAUCAAAAUGUGCACAAAGCAGUAGCACGUCUUCACUCAUGGACGUUGCUCAUAAAACUGAAGUUAAAGAGCAUUUGGACACUUAAAAUAAAUUACAUAGUCACAACUUAUGUGAAGUUUGACCACAAAGGAAAUAUUCAAGAGUAAUGGUUAAAAUUUUCACAAACAAUACGUACUUUUCUGCCCAAGCAGAGCCCCUGUGUUGGCUCAUACCCAAAGAUAAUUUGUUUUUGUAUACUGAGAAACAGAAGAAUAGCAGGUUUCUUCUUGUGCUAUUGUGGUUAAUAACACCGUGAUGCUCAUAACCACGACCUGUCGGCCAGCAGCAGUGAUGCAGAGCGAUCACGCCCAGAGCAAGAUCACUCUGUCACACACAUGUUUGUUUAUGCUGCAAAACAUCCGCUGAAAAUUGUGCUGAGGACCAUCACACAAAAGUUCUAACUGCUUCAGGUUCAAGGUGUUCUGUCAAAGACACAAAGUCAACACCUGAAAUAAUUUCAUCUCUCUCUUCUGUGGGUGCAUCCUAACAGCAAACCAAGUCCUUGGUUUACUCAGAAAGGGUAACAAAGUCAAAUUCAGCAGCAGAAAGAUCUGAUCUGUCAGCGUUAGGUUCAAAUUCAAUAUUUCGUUGUCAUUAAAACUCACACAGUUUCUCUCAGAUUUAUUCAGGAGACAGAAGCCUAGGUCCCAAAAAAGAAUCGCUCACUAGCUACACUGUUCUAAAAGUAACUACAGAGGCUUAUAUGUCAGUCAGGUUUCUCUCCAGGGUCACAUUAAGUGCACACAGAGACCUCAGGAGGCCUAAUGAAUUCUCCACAACACUAAUGAGAUGUAACAUCUAUUCUACAGUAUCAGUUCUGUGCAACAACACUGCUCAUGUUCAAGAACUUCACAGCUGUGAGAAACAACAACAACAACAGGGGUACAAUAUGUGUAGAGUCACUUCUCCUUUCCUCGUCUCUCAGUGUCUGUAAAUAAAUAAACUGAA